AAUUCUAAAUGUCAUUUUGUGCAAUCCUACUUGUUUUGUGUUCGAUCGGUACGAUUCAUUCAAUAUCAAACCAAUGAAAUAAAAAUUGUUGUGCUAUUUAAAUAUUAAUUACGACAAUGGAGGCAUUACCUAAACUCCCAAUGGUCAGUUUCGAUCUGAAAGUAUCGACUGAGCCGUCAUCCUUCGGAAAUUUAAAGAGAUACAUCGCAGAAUGUUAUCAAGAAGAUCCGGAUGCCUACUCAAAGGAAAUAUACGCAUUAGAAUUGCUGCGAAAUGCCGCUUGUCGUCCGUCCGUCGAUGUGGAAGGCUGUAAGCUGUUGAAACGUUACUACUGUCAAUUACAUUCCAUACAAAGUAGAUUUCCGCUGACCAAUGAUCGUCAAUUGCUGAGCUUUUCAUGGCGUGAUGCAUUCUCCAACAGUGUUAAUCAAUCGGUGGAUAUUCGAUCUGAUAUGUGUUCGAUUCUGUACAAUUUUGGAGCUUUACACACCAAGCUUGGAGCUUCCGAAGAUCGAACUUCAUCAGAUGGAGUGAAAUUAGCUUGUACACAUUUUCAGUGUGCGGCUUGGGCUUUCGGUCAUUUACGAGAGUUUUAUCCGCAGUUUACAAAUGGUGACAUGUCGCCGGAAGUGUUAAUUUUCAUGCAAGAAUUGUGCUUUGCUCAAGCUCAAGAGUGUAUAUUGGAGAAGAGUUUAGCUGAUAAUCGAAAACCUGGAAUAGUGGCCAAAGUAACGGCUCAGAUUAUUUGCUACUACAAUGCAGCGUUUUCUGCUAUGCUAAAUGGUGGUGAAGAUGGUGCUGUUGCUGAUAUAAUAGGAAGCAAAAACUUCAAAGAAUGGAAACGCUACGUUAGAUUUAAGAUUUCUUAUUUGAGUUGCAUUUUACUGCUGUAUCAAGGUCAACAGGCAGAGGAACAACAGAAGAUGGGUGAACGAGUUGCAUUUUUCGUAGCUGCCUACGACAAAAUGGAAGAGGCCAGAAAGGAGGCAAAAGGAAUGAGUCAAAUUGAUCAGAUCAAUGAAACGUUCGCAUUUCUGCAUGAUGUCGUAGAAGGAAAACGAAAAUCAGCCAAAAAUGAAAAUGAAUUUAUUUACCAUGAGGAGGUGCCCAACAUCAGUACAUUUUCGGCGGUUCAAGGUGCAAACUUGGUGAAAGGAAUAGCAUUCAGUGUCACUGAUCCAGAAGUUGCAAGCGAAGACAUUUUCCAUCGUUUAAUUCCAAUGAAGGCACACGAGGCCAGCUCACUGUACAGCGAAGAAAAGUCGACACUCUUACGUAAAGUAGUGGCCCGAGUCGAAGAUAAAGACAAUGAACUGAAUCAAUUCAUGGGUUCGUUGAAUGUGGAAUCGUUGAGAUUUAAUAAUGCAGCUCGACUACCGCAAGAACUCGUUGAUCGUUGUGCAGCUAUAAAUGCAAAACCUAAUGCCAUACCGGACUUGGUCACAUCUAUGUCCAGUUUAGCUGAAGCGUGUUUAGAUGUCGAGUCAAUGUUGAAAGAAAUCAAAGAUCUUUUAAAUGAGGAACAACGAAAUGAAAAAUCCUAUCAACAAACGAUGGGCGUCAGACCUAGCGGGCAUUUUGCUGAACUUUCACGCGAAUUCGUAAAAUACCAAGAAGCUCACAGCAAAGCUGGCGAGAGUAACGACACACUGAGAAAGGCGAUGGGUUUGCACGUCAACAAUUUAAAAACUUUAGCGAAGCCAUUAAGUGAAGUUCAAGCUGCUAUUCCAAUUUGUGAGGAAACCAGCGAUGAUGCUGCUGUGGCUGAAAUGAAUGUUUUAUUGAGUAAAGUAAACGAGAUGCGAGUACAGAGAGCUCAAUUACUCAACAGUUUACGCGAGGCGAUGAACAAUGAUGACAUAACAGCGCAGGUCAUAGCAUGGGGUGAUAAGAAAUUGGAAAAAUUAUUCAAAAAGGAACUGCUCAAACACGAGCAAAGUGUUAAGCUGCUUGAACAAAAUUUGUCAGCCCAAACGAAUAUUCUUCGCGCAUUAACCGACUGCUAUGCAAGGUGUGCACCAUACAUCAAAGCUGUUGUAGAUACAAAACAUAGACGAGAAAAUUUUUUCUCAUCGCUCGCGUCGUCCUACGACGUCUACGAUGAUUUGUUAGGCAAAAGCUCGAAGGGCUUAGAAUUCUACAAGAAAUUGCAAGGUAACAUUCAAAAGCUUCUAGCCAGAGUGAAGGGAGCAAAAGAUGUACAAGAUGAAGAACGUCAACAGCGUCUGAAGUCAACGAAACCAGAAGUUAGUAUGUCCGCAACAGCGGGAGGGCCAAAAUUAAAGGAUUAUCUCAACAAAAAUCAAGCAAAUAAAGUGAAUGCUCUACCAGACCCAUAUGUUCCUUCUGCACGUUCCAGCCUUGGUCCGGAAAAUUCAACGGUUUCAACAGGCAAUUCAAUUAAUGCUUCGCCUUAUCAAAUAAAUUAUCCACAACCAAAUGAUCCGCCACCGCCAUACGUACCGUACGGAUCGUAUAAUAAUAAUAAUAUGUACAAUCCGUAUCCUACCAUGGAUGCAGGACAAUCCACAUACAAUCAACCAUCUCCAUACAAUUCUGGAAAAACAGCCACCGAGAAUGCAAUUGAUCACACCGGAUCUGCAAACGUUCCACAAUCUAUGUAUACUCAAAAUGCUACGUCUCCGGCUCCGAAUCACAUUUACGAUCAAAAUUCUCAACAGCAGCAAGGAUUCCAAGCUAACAUUGACACAUCUCGAUAUCAAUUCGUCGGACAAUCAACACAGGAUCAACCGACCCAAAACAACCAAAUAAAUUAUCCUUAUCAAGGAUUUGUGCAGCCACCACCUUACUCGGUUCUUGAUACAACAAAAUACCAGCCAUCCGUUUCGCCAACACCUUCACAGACUAGUAGCACGAGCAGUGGCUGGGUUUCGCAGCAACCGUACUCACAGAAUACUCAACAAACUGGCGUGAUGUUUCAACAGCCUCAGCUGAGUCAGACACCAAACUAUCUGCAGAAUAUGCAUCAAAGUCCAGUCCAGCAAUAUCAAAAUCAAGAGUCGUCGCAAAAUUAUCAACAACAAUUUCAACAACCAUCAUUGCAGCAAACACAGUUGCAACCACCCCAAUACCAACAAUCACAAUUCCAGCAACCACAGUUCCAACAAUCACAGCCUCAACAACCCGAAUUGCAGCAGCCUCAGUUUCAGCAACCACAAUUGCAUCCACAACAACCAGAAUUGCAACAAGAUCAAUUGCAACAGCCUCAAUUGCAGCAGCCUCAGUUUCAGCAACCACAACUGCAUCCACAACAACCAGAAUUGCAACAGCAUCAAUUACAACAGGCCCAACUACAACAACCACAAGCCAUGCAGCCACAGUUGGAGCAUCCACAAUUGCAAGAACAACAAUUCCAACAACCGCAGCUUCAAAAUAACUCAUUGCAACCAAACCAACAAUUUAGUGCCAGUUCAAACAUCUACAGCAAUGCAAUCACAUCAAGUAACAACAACACGUACACUGACCUUUACACAACAACGUCUCAGUCAAACUACCAAAUUACUGCAAACAAUCAAUAUGUUACUGGCUACGAUCAGUCCGGAAAAAUAUAUUCCAACCAAAAUUCAACGUCUUACGGAGGACAUCCGGGCUAUACGUUUAAUCAAAACACUGGAGCAUAUGCGUACGGAAGUGGCUAUCAGGAUAAUGAACCAAUUCGCAAUCCGUAUUCACAAUACACAAGUGCAGCGUUGACUGAAACAAGUUAUACAACUGACAGUAACAAUUUGAGUACGAACGGGGAAAGCUUUGCUGCCCAGUAUGCGACCGAUCCGAACGCCGCAGCAUCGUAUAAUCAACAACCAGUCAUGACAUCGACUGGUAGUUAUUUCAAUCUACCAUACGGUACUACUACAUUUUCCGAGUCCGAGAACGCCAACGUCACUCCGCCAACUGCAAACAUUUCACAAAAUUUCUCGAAUUCCAAUUCGGUCACCCUUCAACCGGUGAUUUCAGACAAUCGAAAUUCAACGACAUAUAUGCAGAGCAAUAGUCAAACAAGUACUACGAUCACAAGUAGCGGAGAAACAAGGAAUAAUCAACAGGCAUCACACGAAUCGUCAACAGCUGUAGCUCCACCUGACAGCACCAAAUCCACAACACAACCAUCCAAUAUUGACCUUCUUUCGGGUCUCGAUUUUACAAUUUCCGAUUUGACUAUUUCCACACCCCCGUUGCAACCAAAAUCGAUAAAUGAUAGUGUAGGUGCUUCACCACGAUCUACCGAUGAGGUGCUUACGCCAACAAAAGUAGCAUCGCAACCUAGCAGCACUGAUGUUCCAACAAAUUUGAAACCUAAAACCGAUUUGGUAUCCAGUGCGGACAAUCUAUCAAUCUGUUCCGAUUUAAGUUCCAUUGACCAAAACUUUGAUUGGGAAAGUGCCUCACAAAAGAAUGAUCCACCAAAUCCAACGCAAGUUGAUGUUGAUGUAUCGAACACUAAAGAACCGACGAUCAGUCCAGAUACUGUACGCUGGUUCCAUAAGGAAGUGGAACGUUUGGAGAAAACAAUGGAAUCCGUUAAAGUGAAGACACUUAACGGUUCUACGUCAUUAGAUAGUAAAUGGAAAGACUUACAAGACUUGUUGGUUAAGGACGAAUCGAAACGAACGACAUCAGUGGCCAAAUUGUUUCCAGAAAAAAACCGAUCCACAGAUAAUAUUCCGUAUGAUCAUGCGAGGGUACUUCUACCAACAUCAACUGACAAUUACAUAAAUGCAGUUUACGUGCAGCUUGACAAGGAAAACAAUAUGGAGCUGAGUGCAGGCUGUCCUCAACUCAUUCUGGCGCAAACUCCCUUGCGCAACACUGUCACCGAUUUUUGGCACAUGAUUUGGUCACAAAAGUCACGUUUAAUUGUUUGUCUUCACAGUCCAACAGAGAUGCUGGACCCAUUUUUCCCUCAAACCAACGAUGCGGAGGAUACAUAUGAUGAUUUUUCCGUCACCGUUGUCAAACAGUUCGACCUGUCGCAUUGUAUCGAACGAAAUGUGAAAGUCACAAUGCAUGGCUCGGACAUCAUCUUGGACGUUACUAUUUUGCAAAAUAAAAGUUGGCCGAAAAAUUCUGCUGCAAAUAUAUUGGGAAUGGCGCAAAAUAUUGGUGCAGCCUAUCGUCAGUUGAAAUUGACUUACAAAGAAACCGGACCGUUGAUACUGAAUUGCAUUUCUGGAUCGGAACGAUCGGGGGUGGUUGCUUUAGCUAUUGCCGCAUUGACUGCUACAAAUUCUAAGCGACCCAUUUUAAUAAAUCCGAUCGACGUAUGGUAUCGAAUAUGUUGUCAACGAAAAGGUGCUCUUCGUGACAUAACAAUGCUCGAGCUUUCUAUGCAAAUUGUACUGGCUAAUGCCCAUAAUCUGCUAAAUAAACACGGAGUGAUGACAUCGUAUCAGAUGAAAACAACAACACCGGUUACACUGACUACCGACAAGCCGGAAGUGAAGGAUCCGUUCAGUGAUUUAGAUCCGUUGUGGAAAUUAAAACCGAAGAACUAAAAUUAAAGUAUUAUUUUGAAAUGUAGCUGAAUUUAGCAGUGAGUUAUAUUAUAAAAAUAUUAUGAAUUUAUGACUAAAAUAAAGGAAAAAUUCUUCUAUGGUGAA